ACAGUGGGCAUCGCGGGCUGACAGAACGGGAAGAAGCGUUUGCUGGUGACGGCUUUGGUUGCAGUGCCGACGCACAUGCAAACGCGGAAUUGGCUUCGGCAGCGCUUGGCGAGAAGACUCGCGGCAAGGGAGGCCAUUGUGACGCACGUGAUGGUGGAUUCGGUGUCCUCUGCCAGUGUGUGGGAUGCACUGUUUCUCAUGGCUAAUGUCGUCUUGGCUGGAGUGCUGUCGGGAGACACCCUGAGGUGGCAGGCAGGAACGUUGUUCACGGCGGAGGAGGUGACUCUACCCGGCAGGGUGAGGACAAUGGGAUACGUGCUCGGGGACUAUGGCCCCUUGUCGUGGGUGGUGGUCCCUUAUGGCGGAGUUGUGCAGCCCGACGAUGAGGCGUACUUGGACACGUGCCACAAGACUGCGAGGAAUGUUGUGGAAAGAGUUUUUGGUCGACUGAAGGCCAUGUGGAGGUUAUUCCUCAGGCACCACAAAACGAACAUGGAGAGCAUGCCCCCGCAAUUCACCGCGGUCUGCAUCCUCCACAACCUUCUCAUCGAGGCAGGGAUCGACUUCGACCAGCGCUUGCUAAUGGAGAGAGACGCGAACAGGAAUGAGCGCCCGAUCGACCUCGGCAUGCAUGAACCCGCGGCCCCAGUGUCUCAAGCGGAUGCCAAUGACAUCACACUGGAGUUGCGCACGGCACUGACUCGCCACAUGCAGCUCCUUCGCGAGUAGAUUAUGGCAAUCUAAUAUCUUAGCCCGCCUUGCGGGUGCAUACACGCGGCAGUGCGUUUAGGGUGUAAGUUACUUCGGCGGCCGUGUGCUACGUAGAGAUGGCGCGACCGUUGACCUGCUCGGGGGGGGGGAAGGGUUCGGAGGGGAGGUCAGAUCUUCUUUGUUUGCACUGUUUUCGGUUCGAUGUGCAAGUCGAUCCUUUCGUCUUUUGGCGAAAGCAAUCAAUGCUUGCACAAUAA